CUAGCAUCACAGCCAGAUGUCCCUUGGGAUGUUUGAUCUCAAUCGGACUUCUUGUUAAAAUACAGGAGUUUGUUUGUAGGAUAAAGACAUUUGGCAGAAUGUUUCUCCGGAGUCUGUGUGCACUCGCUCUGCUUCAGAUGAGCUUAACCUGCAGUGUGCCAGAUCAGAUCUGUACAACCUUACAGGCAGUGCAGGAUGAAAUCGUCAACAUUCACAAUAUGUUUCGGAGACAAGUUGAUCCACCUGCCAGCAACAUGCUUAUGAUGAGCUGGAGCUCAGAAGUGGCUGCAAUAGCUCAGAAGUGGGCGGACACCUGCUCCAUGGAGCACGGCCCACCCAGCAGCCGCAUGCUCGGAUCAUAUGAAAUGGGUGAAAAUCUGCUCGAAGGCUCUCCAGUCAUUUCAUGGACUGACGUCAUAACAGAAUGGCACAGCGAAGUGGCUAAUUACAACUAUUCCUCAGGGUCCGGCAACGGGAAACCCAUCGGCCACUACACACAGGUGGUUUGGUUCGGUUCCUAUCAAGUCGGCUGCGGUGUGGCAAAAUGUGGAGGCGCCUAUUUCUACGAUUGCCAGUACUAUCGGCAGGGAAUUACAGAAGUGUGGCACCAUACACUAUGGGAGAACCCUGUUCGGCCUGUCCACAAGCAUGUGACAACAAAUUAUGUACCAAUCCAUGCACUUAUGUCAACACUACAGCAACUGCAAAGAGUUGAAAGAAAAUGCCCCGUGUUACCCGGACCUGAAACUGUAUUGCGAGGCUGAAUGCUUCUGUACCACCGAGAUCGUUCCUACUAACUAAAACUGCCAGGAUUAUCUACGCUACCUCUCCUUGUCAUUUUCUUUAAACUAAUCGAGACAUUUUAUACUUUAUUCGGAUGUAGUAAGGUGAAUUCAUAUAAUAUAAUUAGUAUAAAUGCAUUGACUUCCAACUGAAUUUUAGUUUAGACUGUACGGUUUGAGCAGAUUAUGACUUGUUUGAGAUGAUCCCAAUAAAUCCUGGCUGAAAUCUAUAA